GCUGCUGCUGCUGCUGCUGCUGCUGCUGAUCACAUAAUAGUUGUCUUCGUUCCAGAAAGGUACGCUCUCUGUUCCAGUCAGCAAACAUGCGAGGUUCAGGUGUUCUCUUGAAGGUUCUGGGGUUGGUUUUGUGCCAGGCUGCUGCCAGCAGCCGGGCUCAGGCAAACAUCACCAGCAUGCUGGCACCGCAGGCGAACCGGGUCAUGGAGCUUGGAGAAUGGGAGGAACGCUGGCAGGACAACAGGAUCGGCUUCCAUCAGCCCGAAGUUCACAAAAUGCUGGAGAGCAACAUCGAUAAAGUUCUCGCCGGCCGGACGGGAGUUCGCUUCUUCUUCCCUCUCUGUGGGAAAGCUGUUGAUAUGAAGUGGCUGGCGGACCAGGGCCACUCAGUGGUCGGCGUGGAGAUCUCAGAAAUGGCUGUGAAGCAGUUCUUCGAGGAGAACAACAUGACAUACAGCGAGGAGCCCGUCCCUGCCAUACCUGGAGCCAAGGUGUAUAAGAGCUCAGAGAAAAAUAUCUCCCUGUAUCAGUGUGACCUGUACAGCUUCUCCAGCUCCAUCGGGGGUCAGUUUGGGGCAAUUUGGGACCGAGGCUCUCUCGUGGCCAUCAACCCAAAAGACAGAGAAAAGUACGCUGCUCUCAUCAUCUCUCUCAUGGCCAAAGACUGCAGAUACCUUUUGGACACUUUGUUGUACAACCCUGAAUUAUAUCCAGGUCCUCCCUUUUUUGUGCCUGAUGAGCAAGUGCAAAGCCUGUUUGGGAAGAGCUGCGAUAUAGAACAGCUGCAGUCGGUGGACGCCCUGACGGACAGACACCGAGGCUGGGGGCUGGACUUCCUGACUGAAAACGUGCACCUCAUCACUCCAAAGAGCGUCUGAGAACAAACCUCGAAACCCUAGAAAAGCAGAUGUUGGGCAUUUUAAUCUUAAAUAUUUUCCUGUGCUUGUUUUUUUUAAUGCUUAGACAUCGUAUAUAGAUUUGAAUGCUUGACAAAUUAAAAUGUUUUAUAUUACCAGA